AUUUCAGUCAGUCAACUGUAAACUAUCACUGUAACCAGUCUAAAUUACAACAUCAACAUGUUUCGUUAUAUAUUUUUCUUUUGUAUUAUUUCGUUUGCUUUAGGAACAGUUAUCCGCAAUGGCCCUUGUGAUUGGGAAAAUAUUGCGUCUGUGAAAACAUUGAACAUUACAGAGUUGCUAGGAGAAUGGCAUCAAAUACAACAUAUAGAGAAUCCAUUGGACACUGGAGAAUGUUCCACAUUGACUGUAGCUAUUGAAAAUGAAAAUACUACAUCGUACGUGUCUCUCGCACAUAGAGAGGUUCAUGGCGACCACGUGCAUAACACAAAAGGUCGUAUUAUUAUAAUAAAUGCAACAUUGGGCUUGUUCAAUAUGAAUUAUCAAAAUUAUACCUUCGAUACAGUCUUAUUGGGCGUUAAUCCCACAAAAUAUGUAUUGCUAUACUCAUGUGCGAGCAUCAACGCAACACGUUCAGCUGUUGCAGCUUGGGUGUACAGCAAAAGUACAUCUUUGGAACAAGCUGAUAAAACAACGGUUGAUGCUUUAAUAAAAUCAAAUGAAGAUCUACAGAACGCUACAUGGAUUGAAACAAAACACACUAAAGAAGCUUGUAACAUAAACUCUGGCUUCAACAUCAGAAUAUCACCUGUUCUUACAUUCCUUGUUCUGUUUAUAGCUGGAAAGAAUUUAAUUAACUUUAAUUAAAUUGUUAAUGUUCUGAUUAAGAAUACUUUAAACUGAA